CUUAGACAUCACGCAGCACAUGACGUUCCCCGCGACCCAGAACCCCUGGCCAGUGCGCUACAAGCUCGUCAGCGCGACCUACCAUAUCGGCAAUACGGUCAAGUUUGGUCACUACGCAGCAGGCGUCACUGGACCAAAACUCCCACGCACAGAAUCUACGCCCCAGUAUCACUGCAACGAUACCGCAAUUAGGGACUGGACCGAUGGUGCGCAUCCGAAUGUCAUUUCCAUGAAUCCUGCGGUCUGUGGUGAUCAGAAAGAUUGUGAUGUUAGCAUACUUUUCUAUACCAGGAUACCGCGUGAGAGAGGGAAGCUGAUGCCGUAUGCUGGGGAGACGAUUGCGGAUCGGCUGAGGAAUGGAACACUAAGCCGUCGAUGUAGAAAGUAGAAAGUAUUGGGUCCGAAAAGGUCUCGAAACUCAAAGGCGGAU